GUCGCCCUUCAGCACUCUCACAAAUCCCACCUCACACUCCACCAAACACUCAAACCCCGUCACAUACUCAUACCGCAAAUCCUCAACUACCCUCUCAAUCACUCCACAGAUCUUCUCCGCUAAGCAACCCCAUCAAAAGAAGAGAAGGGAAGGAAUAUUUCGGCGCCGCAACCGGCCAAGAUGGACAUCCGCGUGCUCAGACCCGACGACAUUCCGCACGUGCAGCUCGCGAAUAUUACGAAUCUGCCUGAGAACUACUUCUGCAAGUACUAUUUGUACCAUGCGAUGAGUUGGCCGCAGUUGAGCUAUGUGGCGGUCGAUGUCUCCCGCCCCCCCACAACACCCUACACCCCCCCCAAAAUCGUCGGCUACGUGCUCGCCAAAAUGGAAGAAGAGCCCACCGACGGCAUCCCGCACGGCCACAUAACCUCGCUCAGCGUAAUGCGGACGCACCGCCGCCUGGGCCUCGCGGAGAAACUAAUGCGCCAGUCGCAGCGCGCCAUGGCCGAGACCUUCGCCGCGCACUACGUCUCGUUGCACGUGCGCGUCAGCAACACCGCUGCGCUGCACCUGUACCGCGACACGCUGGGGUUCCGCGUGGACAAGAUCGAGAGCAAGUACUAUGCCGAUGGCGAGGAUGCGUAUAGCAUGCGCAUGGAUCUGGGGGAGUUGAAGGCGGAGAUAAGGCUCGAGGGGGAGAGUGAUGAGGAGAUGCUGGAUGUGGGGGAGGGCAGGGAUGAGGGGGAGGCUGUGGGGAGUGAGGGGAGGAGGGAGGGGGGGAAGAGGAAGAAGAGGGUUAGGGUUGGGAGGCAGUUGGGGGUGGGGGAUCUGGUGGAGAGGAAUGAGGCGAGGGGAUAG